UGUGUGUGUGUGUGUGUGUGUGUGUGUGUGUGUGUGUGUGUGUGUGGGGAGUCGAGGACUAACAUCCUGGAUAACCUCCUCUCCCGGAUGGAGCUGUACGCCAACAACCUGGAGGAGCUGGUGGAGGAGCGCACUCAGGCAUAUCACGAAGAGAAGAGGAAAGCAGAGACCCUGCUGUACCAGAUACUACCUCACUCGGUGGCGGAGCAGCUGAAACGGGGCGAGACGGUUCAGGCCGAGGCCUUCGACUCGGUCUCCAUUUACUUCAGCGACAUCGUGGGAUUCACCGCCAUCUCAGCUGAGAGCACGCCGCUGCAGGUGGUGACGCUGCUCAACGACCUCUACACCUGUUUCGACGCCAUCAUUGACAACUUUGAUGUUUACAAGGUGGAGACGAUUGGCGACGCCUACAUGGUGGUGUCGGGGUUGCCGGUGAGGAACGGGAACUUGCACGGGAGGGAAAUCGCCCGCAUGGCGCUCGCCCUGCUGCACGCCGUGCGAACAUUCAAGAUCUGCCACCGGCCCGAGCAGCAGCUGGAGCUGAGGAUAGGAGUUCACAGCGGGCCGGUGUGUGCGGGGGUGGUGGGUCUGAAGAUGCCACGCUACUGUUUGUUCGGAGACACCGUCAACACGUCGUCACGCAUGGAGUCCAGCGGCGAAGCACUGAAGAUCCACGUGUCGGCGGCGACUCACGACAUCUUGCAGGAGUUUAACUGCUUCCAGCUGGAGAGGAGAAGAGAGAUCGACGUGAAGGGCAAAGGGAAGAUGACCACCUAUUGGCUCCUGGGCGAGAGCGACAGCCAAUGAAAAGACAGCUUCCAGGGGACAGAGAGGAGGGGACAGAGGGACUCCAACAAACUAGAGAGUAGGGCGCGCUGACAGAGGAGACCCUUCUGAGACCUGUGCAAAGACAUCAAUAAUAACUUGAUACCGUGUGCUGCAGGUCUCAUGUGUUGUUUGUACGAGUUAGGGUGGGUUUACAGUUGAUUUGAAGGUUGUACGUCUAAGGUUCGGAGCUCCACUGCUGACAGGCUGUGCUCGGCUCUUUAACAGAGGUUCAGGAAGUUAACCAGACGUAGAUUAGAAAAAACAAACCGUUACAGUGUGUUUGGAAUGGAGAAUGGGAAGGAGAGAAAGAAAAUGAAGGAGUGGAAAGACAGAAGACAAAUGCCCAGUCCUCGUCCUCCUGUCAGAGGACAUUCAGAUGGAUUCAGACUGGAGGAAGAUGCUGCUGCACUCACGACGUACAUGUGUGAACAACGUAAAGGGAGGGAGAGUGCGAGGACAGAGGAAACACUUCUGAAACCUGUGCAGGAACAGAAUGUAAAGGAAGGAGCAGAGACAUGCAAAGAGACAACAAUACUAACUUCAUAUGGUGUGCUUCAGGUCUCAUGUGUUGUUUGUACCAGUUAAGGUGGCUUUACGGUUGAUUUGCAGGUUGUGAAGAAGGCAGGAAGAGACGUCCCCGGUCCUCGUCCUCCGGUCAGAAGACUUUUUCAUUUCUGAUGGAUUCAGACUUGAGGAAAAUGCUGCUGCACUCACGACGAACCUGCACAAACUAGAGAGGCGCGCUGACAGAGGAGACCCUUCUGAGACCUACACAAACUAGAGAGGCGCGCUGACAGAGGAGACCCUUCUGAGACCUACACAAACUAGAGAGGCGCGCUGACAGAGGAGACCCUUCUGAGACCUACACAAACUAGAGAGGCGCGCUGACAGAGGAGACCCUUCUGAGACCUACACAAACUAGAGAGGCGCGCUGACAGAGGAGACCCUUCUGAGACCUACACAAACUAGAGAGGCGCGCUGACAGAGGAGACCCUUCUGAGACCUACACAAACUAGAGAGGCGCGCUGACAGAGGAGACCCUUCUGAGACCUGUACAAACUAGAGAGGCGCGCUGACAGAGGAGACCCUUCUGUGACCUGCACAAACUAGAGAGGCGCGCUGACAGAGGAGACCCUUCUGAGACCUGCACAAACUAGAGAGGCGCGCUGACAGAGGAGACCCUUCUGAGACCUGUGCAAACUAGAGAGGCGCGCUGACAGAGGAGACCCUUCUGAGACCUGUACAAACUAGAGAGGCGCGCUGACAGAGGAGACCCUUCUGAGACCUGCACAAACUAGAGAGGCGCGCUGACAGAGGAGACCCUUCUGAGACCUGUACAAACUAGAGAGGCGCGCUGACAGAGGAGACCCUUCUGAGACCUGCACAAACUAGAGAGGCGCUCUGACAGAGGAGACCCUUCUGAGACCUGUGCAAAGACAUCAAUAAUAACUUGAUAUCAUGUGCUGCAGGUCUCAUGUGUUGUUUGUACGAGUUAGGGUGGGUUUACGGUUGAUUUGAAGGUUGUACGUCAACAGUUCUGCUGUCAGUUACUUAAAAAUAAAUACACAUAUUCUUUAAAAAAAAAAAGUGUUCAUACUAGAUAACACAUAAGCCCACACCAAAGUGUAUUAAUAGAUGAACUGGUGAUGACAUUUUAAACAAUAUUCUUCUACAGUUCACCAGCGAGAACACUUCUUCAGAUGAAUACUCACUGGUUGGUUUAUUGAAGGAUGGUUUGGUUCGUUAGAUUAGAGAUCAGCCUUUUGUUUCACACAGUGGAUGAAACAGCUGUUUAGUGACUAGUUCUGUGAUCAACUGAAGCAGGGCUCAUUCAUUAGUCAUUCAAUCAUCCACAAACACCUCGCUAAAGAUGCUCAAUGAGGCCCAGCUUUGCAGAACAUCAGUAAACAGGAUUAGAUCUCGGUGCCCGUUCUCUGUAAGUGUUUCCUUUUUGGUUUUUCAAUUAAAAAAUGAAAUAACAUGAA